ACCCGCUAUAAAUAUAGCGCCAGAAUUUAAUUUUUUCCGCUUCCCGUCAAAUUCCUGCGCUCCGAAUUCCAGAACAUUCGUCGUCUCCGGCGAGGAGCCGAACAGGAAAGCGAGGGAAAGAGGGAUUCUUCCGGCGAGCGAAAACCCCGAGAAAAACAUGUCAGAUCAGGAGAGCAUACUGAAAACUGCUGUUAUAUGGAGGGGACAAAAGUUAAUGGUCGAAAUGAAUAUAGAUGCUACUCUAAAGGAUUUUGGAAAUGAACUGCAGAAAUUGACUGAUGUAAAAGCAGAAACUAUGCGGCUCAUUAUUCCUCAAUUUUCUAGCAAGAGCUCCAAAUUGCUUUAUCCUUUCUCAGAUGGACACUCUUCCUUAAGAUUGCAGGAGAUUCCUAUAAAUGAGGGUAAACUUAUCAGAAUGAUGGGAGUGCCUGAAGUUGAGGUUGAUGAGGUGCUGGAAAAUGCAAAGAAGGACUUGAGAAUUGCUGGAUUUGAUGAGGAGGAAAGGAGAUCAAGGCGGAUGCUAGACCGGCCCUCUGGGCCCAUACAACUUCCUCAAGGAGCUUAUAUCUUUUGUGAAUUUCGCACACUUCAACUUCCAGGAGUCGAGUUGCAUCCGCCAGCUUCGGAGGCAUUGAGAAGAAUGCACAUGCUUGCUGCAGAUCCCGGAAUUGUGGCCAUCAUGAACAAGCAUCGAUGGCGCAUUGGAGUUAUGUCUGAGAUGGCCCCUGUUGGUUAUGUUGGGAUUAGCCCCAAAUGUAUUCUAGGUUUCAACAAGAAUCAUGGAGAGGAGAUAUCCUUGCGUCUCCGAACUGAUGAUCUCAAGGGUUUUAGGAAGUAUGAAAGCAUAAAGAAGACUCUUCUUCAUGAGCUUGCUCACAUGGUGUUCUCAGAGCAUGAUGCGAACUUUUAUGCUCUUGAUAAGCAGCUGAACCAGGAAGCUGGUAGUUUAGAUUGGACAAGAUCACAAAGCCAAACGCUUGGUGGAAUUAGGCUUUCUGAUUAUGAAAGUGAUGAUUACAGCAUUGUCCAAAAUGUCCCUCCACGAAAGCUCGGGGGUAACAUAUCAGAUCAGUUGGCCAGUGCCCGUGCAUCAUCAGUUGCUGCUGCUUAUAGGCGCAUGUCGACUGCUUCAAUCAAUCAAGAGGUGGUACCUGAAGUGCAUGCUGAACCAGACCCUGAUGAUUCUGCAUUUGAUAUUGCAAAGGAUAGUGUUCCCCAGGUUUCGGUUGAAACCAAAAACAUAAAUGAUGACAACCUGAGCGGUCGCAAAUUUGAUCAUGAACGUCCUGAUGUUACCAACAAUCAAGCAGACUGUGAGCCUGAUCCUGAUGAUCAUCUUGGUGGUGAUGCUUCAAAGAACACUGCAAACAACAUCAAACGUGAAUCAAAUAUUAGUGAUUCUGAGACGACAGAAGUAAUACCUCUGAUAAAUGGUCAGAUAUCUGCUGGUCUAGAAAUGUCCAAGGAACCUGAUCCUGAUGAUUCGGAUUCUCUCAAGGAUAGUAUUAUGCUUAUAUCUGACCUCGACCGUUCUGUAGUUUCCAAUGUCCUGAAGGAUAGAGUUCAGGAGGGAACGGAGAAAGAACCUGAUCCUGAUGAUUUAGAAGUUAGAACCAUUACAAGAUUGAGCGACGAGACUGUGGGAGAGCAAGCCCAUGAAGAAACUAUAAAAGCUCAUGAAGAGCCUAAUGAACUUCAGCAUGCAGAACCCGAUCCUGAUGAUGGUAUUAAGGAUCCAACUGGAGAAUCCAUAAUGCAAAUGGAUGAGCCAGAUCCAGAUGAUCAAGAGUUGAAGAUAAUCCAAGACCCUGUCAGUCUUGUCUGUAGUCGUAUACAGAAGGCAAUGAAGAUGCUGCAGUCCCAAGUCAAUCCCAUGGAGGCUACAAUGGUUAUGGAAACACUCGUGAAAAUAAUAAGGAAUGUGAUUGAACAUCCAGAUGAGAUGAAGUUCAAAAGACUUCGUAAGGCCAAUCCUGUAAUUCAAAGGAAUAUCGCAAAUUCUGCAGCUGCCGUGGAAAUUCUGUCUCUGAUUGGUUUCAGUGAAGAUGUUCUGUUCGCUGAUACUGGUAAAGCAGAAGCUUGUCUAGUUUUGAAGCGGAAUGACCCUGGCUUGUUGUGGCUUGCUAAAUCCUCCAUUGAAACAUGCAUGGCCAGGUGCUGAUUUGCGGAAUCUGUGCAACUAUAGAUAGACACAUAUACAGGGUAUUGUUUGUACAUCCUGCACUUGUAUAAAUUGUGUGCUUCUUCUUUACUUUAGAAGCGCGCUGUACAAUGUAGUACUUGGCAUAUGAUGAUCGUGUUUUCCAUGGAGAGCUUUUUCUUUGUA